GAACCGCACCUCACCUAACAUAACAACCCCAAAAGGAACCGCCCUUGGUGAGAAACGCAGAAAGAUAUACAGAGAGAGAGAGAGAGAGAGAGAGAGAGAGAGAGGGGAAAAGGGGAUCCAUACUCCAUAGACACUGAAAUCAAAAUUUCCGACAGACAGGAUCAAUCGUUGGAGUGGGAAAAAACACGAGAAAAUGGGAGGAAGCAAAUGUUUGGUGUGGUUGGUGGUGGUUUUGGCCUUGACGAUGAGUUUGGCAGAGGCGCAAUCCGGAACUACCGCCAGUUGCGCCCAAGACCUGAUUCCGUGCGGGGAAUACUUGAAUUCCAACAGCACCCCACCCAGUUCUUGCUGCGACCCACUGAAGCGAACCGUCGAAAACGAACUCCCUUGCCUCUGCAACCUUUUCUACAACUCUAACCUGCUUCAAGGUCUCAAUAUCACUGUCGAAAGCGCUCUCGCUCUCAGUCGCAGCUGCGGCGUCACUAGUGAUCUCUCCAGCUGCAAUGGGGCUCCUGCUCCAGGUUCAAGGGCACCCCCAGCCACUCCCGGAGGAAGUACCCCCCCAUCAGGAGCAGCCAAAGUAACAUUCACCGGAAUUUCUUUCCUUCUCUUAUUUUGGGUAUCUAUGCUGUUUAAUUAAGGUCGCAUUUUAGUCUUCGGAGCCUCCUAUCUCCUAUGUUCAACUUAUCUUUGUACUGUUCAGCCAUUUCAUUGUAUUUUCUUGUUCUUUUUCCUCGUUAGAAACCUAUGAUUCAAUUGAGUAAAAUAGUUUAUUUACGGAGUGGACAUUCAUUCUUCUGCUCAAUUUUUUGUUUCUACACUUAUUUGUGGUGCUUUGUGUUGCACCGUCUAUAUAAACUGGAUUGUUGUAUUAUGAAUUAUAUCAUUAUUAUUAUUAUUAUUAUUAUUAUUAUUAU